GCGUCACCAGCGCUGGGCGCCGCCGUUGCCCGAGCGCGCGGGGCAUUGUGGGAGUGAGGCCGCGCCGAGCCCCGAGCCCGCCGCCGCCGCCGACCGGAGCCACGGCCCUGCCCGCCCGCGCCUGCGCCGCCGCCGCCUAGAGCCGGACCCGGAGCCGGGCCCCCCCCCCUCCCCCAGGAGCGCCAGCCGGAGCCGCAGCCGUUCGCCAUGCAGCCUGCUUCUGCGAAGUGGUACGACCGAAGGGACUAUGUCUUUAUUGAAUUUUGCGUUGAAGACAGUAAAGAUGUUAAUGUAAAUUUUGAAAAAUCCAAACUUACAUUCAGUUGUCUUGGAGGAAGUGAUAACUUUAAACAUUUAAAUGAAAUUGACCUUUUUAAUAAUAUUGAUCCAAAUGAAUCAAAGCAUAAAAGAACAGACAGAUCUAUCUUGUGUUGUUUACGAAAAGGAGAAUCUGGUCAGGCAUGGCCAAGGUUAACAAAAGAGAGGGCAAAGCUCAACUGGCUCAGUGUGGACUUCAACAACUGGAAAGACUGGGAAGAUGAUUCAGAUGAAGACAUGUCCAAUUUUGAUCGCUUUUCUGAGAUGAUGAACAACAUGGGCGGAGAUGACGACGUAGACUUGCCAGAAGUAGAUGGGGCAGAUGAUGACUCACCAGACAGCGAUGACGAAAAAAUGCCAGAUCUGGAGUAAGGAAAACUGUCGUCUUCAGGGUUUGGGGAAAGAACUUCAUCACAACAUUUCAUAAUUGAGAUAAGAAUUCCUGAGUUGAUAGCCCUAAAGGGAGAUCCUGCAUCCUUUAACCCAUUUUCAGUCCAUUUUAAAUGGCUUCACUGAUGGUAGGUGUGUACCAUUGCACGGGGCGGUCCUAAGCCAUGAGAGGCAAUAACGUUAUGCAUGAACCGUUUUCCAGACUUCCAAAAAAAAAAAUAAAAAUAACCAAUUGAGGUGUAGGCAAUCGAUACAGAACAGUUGCAAUAAAGUUUACAGAGCCUCCUUGCCUCGUAGCAGAUGUAAUUACAAUGGGAGAAUCCUGAAUUCACACCAAGUGGUAAAUGAGCAUUUUUUUUCCCCUCCGCGGCCUGAAAUUGUACGUUUGUACCGGGAACAAAACUGGCUGUAACACGGAUGUUGUCAGUGGCUCGCCAGAUUCAGCAGGCGAUGUGCAGUACCUCUGUGGUGUCUUCAGGUCUGUUCCACUAAAGUUUGUAUUGAAAAGGAAACAAAAUUCUCCUCGUUUGGUGUUUAAUGCCGAGCCGCGUGCCCCGGCCUGGGGUGGGGGGCUGGACCCCAUCCCUUGGUACCGUUUGACCCUAAAGCUUUACACCUCCUCCUCCGGGGUGCGAGCGGCUGUACGUUGUUGCUUGUCAAUCUGUACGUUUAGACCAAACCGUAUUUGCACUGUGGGUGUGGGAGCGAGUGAGGGACGUUGGGCGCGCGUGGGCGGCUUCGAACCGGGCUGAAAAACCUCAAUUUAUGUUCAGAGCAGCGGGGAUUUUUUUAAUGUCUGCAUUCUUUCUAAUAAACUGUUGAAGACUC